GGCUCCAUCACAGAAAGCUCUUCCUUUAAACGCUCAUUAGAGUGUGACUCUUUGUGGACCUGUAGUCUUCAUUGUUGCUGUGCAGGAUGGCGUCAGGCACAUAAAGUGGAGAGCCGACAUGAAACACUUCAGCAUGAAAUGCUUGUGGAUUAUUUUUGCAUCACAUUUGGUUCUCCUGCCACUGACAGUGUGGUGCAAACCCAUCAUCUCCCCCAGUGGGCCCCACAUUGUUGUCCCCAAGAGGGGGAAGCUGGAGCUCUAUUGCCAUGACAAUGCAACCAUGCCUGGCGUGCCAUCCAGGUUGAGGUGGCAGAGGGAGAAAGCUCGCCGACUGGAGGGUGAGGUGGAGGAGGGCGGCGUGGCUGUUGUCAAGGUGCCUGCAGUGCAAGCCUACCACAUGGGCCGCUACGCGUGCGUCAACAACAGCACACGAGAACGUAGCUCCAUCUACGUAUACGUGAAAGAUCCUGUUAAUGCCUUCCAGCGCACCAUGGUCAACGUCAUCCUGGUGCGGGCUGGGGAGAACUGCACCAUUCCCUGCCUCGUGACUGACCCGGAAGUCACCCUGUUGGCUUUGCAGACCUGUGACAGGCAGCCUUUGCCCUCCGCCAUGAAUUACUGGACCCACCGCGAGCAAGGCGUUAUCAUUAGCAAUGCAAGGAAGGAGUUUGAGGGGUGCUACGUGUGUGUGGGCCAGAGAGGUGGCGAUAAUGUGACAUCCAGCCAGUAUACUGUGGACGUACGGCAAGUUCCAGAGGUGCUUCCGAUCAUCACAUUGUCUCAGAAGGACAAGGUUAUCUUGCGGAAGGGAGAGAAGUUUGAAGUUACUUGCAGCUCCUCCAAUGUCAACCCAGACUUUAAUGUCAAGUGGGACUACCCUUCAACAGCGCAUCCAGAUGAAUCCCACACCUCACACAUCCUGUCAGGGUCUCAUGGUUAUCAACGGGCCUCCCGGCUCGUGAUUCCAUCUGUGUACCGAUCAGACUCGGGAACCUACCGCUGCUCAGCCCACAACGAGAGAGGCAGCAGCUCCACAGGACUACAGCUGAAUGUCUGUGAUAAAGGGUUCAUUACCAUGUUUGGCCACCCAAGUCCCAUCCGGGCCGAUGUACAAGAGGGGGAGAGCCUGAGUCUCAGAGUGGAGUUUGAUGCCUAUCCGGCACCCAGCUCCCUGUUCUGGUCUUACAACGACAAACGACUCCUCAACACCACAGAGCACGUCAUCACAAUCCACAAACACAAAUACAGGUUCACCAGUGAGCUGAGACUUGUGAGAGUUCUUGGCUCAGAAGGUGGGAUCUAUAAAUUCUUAGCCAGUCACGAAGACGCAUCCUUAGAACAUUUUUUUCAAGUAUAUGUCAAUAGCAAGCCAGUCAUCAUUGCCCAGGAAGGGCCAGUCGAUGGUCAGGUGAAGUGCGUGGCUGCUGGUCAUCCAGUUCCUAAAAUCAGCUGGUACCUGUGUGAUCUUCCUCACAUAAGGUGCUCACAACUGCCCAAUGCCACCCAAUGGGAAACCGUAGAAGUCACCAUGGUGACAGAGUCCACCUUUAGUAGGAGUGAGGUGGAGAGCCGGCUGAACAUCAGCAAAGUGCACACCAACUACCAUACGUUGGAGUGUGUGGCCUCUACGGAGGGAGAAGAAGCCUUCACGCUCUUCUCCAUCAGCGAGCGACUCGUCCCCCAUAAACUGUUCACCCCGCUUCUAACUGGCAUAGUGGCCACCGGCGCUUUCCUCUGCCUCUUCCUGGUGGUGCUGCUCUAUAAAUACAUGCAGAAACCAAAAUUUCAAAUCCAAUGGAAGGUCAUCGAGAGUAUCCAUGGCAACAACUACAUUUACUUUGACCCCACCCAGCUUCCGUAUGACUCCAAAUGGGAGUUUUCUCGACAGAAGCUACGCUUUGGAAAAACUCUUGGUUCUGGGGCUUUUGGCAAGGUGGUAAGAGCCACAGCGUACGGCCUGUGCUCGGUGGACACGGUUACAACUGUUGCUGUCAAGAUGCUCAAACCCAAUGCUCACGCCACAGAGAAGGAGGCGCUGAUGUCAGAGCUGAAGGUGCUUAGUUAUCUUGGCAACCACAUGAACAUCGUGAACCUGCUGGGAGCCUGCACCGUAGGAGGUCCAAUUUUAGUUAUUACUGAAUACUGUUGCUAUGGCGACCUCCUCAACUUCCUGCGCAGAAAAAGAGAGGCCUUCCUAAAUUCCCAAAUUGGUGACAGCUACUAUCGCAAUGUCUCCAAGCACGCACAGCCAACAAGCAGAGAGGUGACUGGUACAGGAUAUAUGCCAAUGCGUCCAUCUGAGAAAGAAAGAUCCUCCCAGUCAGAUGAUGUAGAUGAGCUUUCUCUGGAUGCUGAAGAUCUCCUCAGCUUCUCCUACCAGGUGGCCAAAGGGAUGGAGUACAUCACUUCUAAAAACUGCAUCCACAGGGACCUCGCAGCCAGGAAUGUUCUACUGACUCACGGCAGGGUGGCCAAGAUCUGUGACUUUGGCUUGGCACGGGACAUCACCACCGAUUCUAGCUAUGUGCUCCGAGGCAACGCACGUCUUCCAAUCAAGUGGAUGUCUCCUGAGAGCAUCUUCGAUUGCGUCUACACAUUUGAGAGUGACGUCUGGUCGUACGGCAUCCUGCUAUGGGAAAUCUUUUCUUUGGGUAACAGUCCCUAUCCCGGGAUGCAGGUGGGCUCAGCAUUUUACCGACUGAUUCAAGAGGGCCACCGGAUGAGCAAGCCUGAGUUUGCUCCCACUGAGAUGUAUGACAUGAUGCUCUCAUGCUGGAAUCAGGACCCCUUGAAAAGACCCUCUUUUAGAAAACUGGUGGAGAGAACUGAACUCCUUCUGUCAGAAAAUACCAGGAAUGUUUACCUAACGUUGAACAACGCUUCAGGUCCGUCAGAGCAGCAGAGGGCGCCAUCACGCAGGCUGAGCUCAGUGUGCAGCACCACGGCACCCACCCAGCCUUUGCUGCAGAGCACAGCUGAAGUCUUCCUCGACUACGUCUGAAACACAUGAAUUCUCACAUGAAUUUAGUAGAAUGCCAUACAAAAAGGUUAUAGUCAAACCAUGGUAUUGUUCAGUGUAUGUGCACAUGGCGAGUCCAGCAGCAUAAUGUGUGGAAAUUUUGCUAUAUUUUGCCAUAAUUUCAAAGACGUGCAUUCUUAGCUGUCUCUUUUUAGCUGUUUUUAUAUCUUCAGAACGCACAGAAAAGAGAAACACACAUAAGGAUUGUGGAUGGGCAAAAUUAAAAAAAAAAAAAGUGCAGUUUUCCUUUAAAUACUUCAGUUUUCUGUAUUAAUUUUGUAUUCAGUUCUACUAAAUUCUUGUUGAGACAGGUUGCACACAUGCGCAUACAGUACAUACAAUGUACACACACUCGGAAACAUACCAUUUCUCAACAGACAGGAGCCAAAUUGUUACGUGCAUUCAAAGUAAAUGUAGGCCACUCGGCUUUAUGUGGUACAAGGUGUUUAUAAGCUGCACUGCUUUCAGUCAUGCCUUCUGUCAAAUGUUGUAUUGAUCUGUGUGUUACUACUUUCAGGUGCAUGUCGACAAAAAGCAGAGUCCAGCACUACAACAUAAACAUAAGCAGUGUGGUGCGGACGGCUCCAGACUCCAGUAUCUUAAAAUGCUUGGGUGAAUAGUUUUAGCUGACUCCAUUGAACUUGUGUCAGACUGAGCUACAGAAUCUCUGAAUAGGGGCUGAGCCAGCUGCUUGAUAGCAAGCGUAACACUGGAAACACAAAACUCACUGAUUAUUUUUGUUUACUCCACAAAGUGGCUCGUUAGUAUGGAAGCCUGUUUCCGCCACUGAAAGAAGAAAAAUAAUCCAAUGGUAAAUCAUGAUUAUGAAAUAAAAAUUCAUAAUUAUGAGAUAAGAAAGUCGACAAUAUGCCAAAAAGGUGAAAAUAUGCAAUAAAAAGUCCUAAUUAUGACAUAAAAAGCCAAUAAUGAGAUAAAAUGUCUAAAUGAUGAGAUAAAAAGUCAUAAUUAUGACCAAAAAAGUCGAAAUGACGAGAAAAAUCAUAAUGAUGAGGUAGAAAAGUCAGAAUUAUGAGAUGAAAUUACAAGACAAAAAGUCACAAUUAUGAGAUCUGCAGUUGAAAUGAUGAGAUACUUUUUAUCUCAUAAUUUUAAACUUUUUGUCUCCUAAUUAUGACUUAUCUCAGAAUUUAGACUUUUAUCUUUUGACUUUUAUUUCAUAAUUAUGAUUUACCACUGGGAUAUUUUUUUUUCUUUAGGUGUCGAAACGGUCUUCAAUAAGUUAGCAAACUAUUUUAGCAUCCUGGCCAGAAAUACAGAUAGUUCACGAAUGCGCUUGGUUUAGAUACCAAAUUGGCUUGUUAGCUACACCUUAGCUCAGCAUCACUGACAAAAAUACAGAAAGCACGCUGAUUUUAGUUAACGUAUUUUUAGCAUGUGCUUAGCAAACUUAGCAUCAAGACCAGAAACACAAGAAGCUCACUUAUUAUUUUUGUUUACUCCCCCAAAGUAGUAUGAUAGUAACCUUAUCUUAGCAUCAUGGCCAGAAAUACUGAAAGCGCACUGAUUGUUUUAGUUCACCACCCAAGGUAGCUUGUUAGCUACCUUAACUUAAGACAAGAAACACUGAAAGAACUCGAAUGUUCUUGGUUUGACGAGAAACACACAACACGAAGUCAUUCGGUUUAUUUAAUCAGCAAAGCAGCUUGCUUGCUACAUUAGCUUAGCAUCAAAACCCGAAACCGAUAGCUCACUCAUUUUUAGUUCAAUCACCAAAGCAGUUUGUUACCUCACUUAGCCUAGCAUAGACAACGUAAACAUAUAUACUUACCUAUUACCUCUUUUCACAUUAUACACAGUGUUGCUUGUUUGCUGCCUUAGCUUAGCAUCCAGACUAGAAACAAGAAAAGUUGGGUUUAAGUUGCUUUUAUUCAGCAUAGUAAUGUGUUAGCCUCACAUGUGCGACAGCUUGAUACUGUACAAAUCCAAAUGUACUGGACCAACAAUCAUCAAAUUGGCCUUAAUAAUUCCUUGAUGAAGUGUCUCCCUGAGUUAACGCCACAAGCAAGUGAAAAAUCACAAAUACAAACCAAUGCUGUCUGUUACCAAAUCCUACAUGUGUAUAUUUGUAUGUGUAUGCAUUUGUAGGGUCAUUUCAAUUUAGCACGAUCGAUUGUGAGUCCUCUUUUGUCACAUUAUGUGUAUGCAAUGUAAAUACAAUAGAGAUGUGCCUUUAGAUUUUGACUGGGUAUAUUUGGAGUUUCCUGCAGUUUUGAUACAGUUGGUUGACUUGUAAUAAUAAAGAAGGUACCUGUGAUAGUAGACGCAAGUCUAAUGUGUCUAUAGUUUAUUCUUGUGUCAUCAUCACUGUGAAAUACAUUUUUUGGUGUGCAAAAAAUAAAUCACAAGGGCAUCACAUUGUCACAUAUCAUAUUUGCAGCUGUGUUUAUUUUCAAAUUGACCAAGAGAACGGAGAGAGAGAGGGUUGGGGCGGUUAUAAUACCAUUUUUUUGCUUCAAAAUAUUGAUUAUUAAUAUUACAUUUGACUUUGGGGUAGUUAAAAGGAGCACAGUUCAAGAGCAGAAGAGAUAUACAUACAUAAAGUACAGAAAAGAAUAGCACCGUUUUACACUGAAUACGGUUGUCUUCUGUGUACAGAAACCUUUUUUUAACCAAAUUGUGUGAUCGGUGAGGAGAGUGGGGGCACUCGCUGUCUUGUCAGUGAUUGGAAAUAUACAUCUCGACUUAAAAAUAAAAAAUCUGAUUUUGAGAAAUAAGUAUAAUACUCAAGAGCUUCUUUUACAACCUGUUCAUCAGAUUAUUAUAUUCUAGUUUUUUUUUUUGUUGCAAAGUUCUUUGUCUCCCCUUGUUUUCCUUCUUUCACAUAAACAACAUCCAUUAGUCUUUAAAAAAACAAACAAACAAACAAAAAAAAACACACC